CAAAAGUAUUCGGGCAUAUCACAUUCCUAGUGUUGUUUGCUUAUUUGUUUGUUUUGCACAUCCAAGAUUUGGCUGUAUGGCUUAGAUCCUUCGCCUGUCCCAUGGACGAAACUACUACUACUAUUGUUUUUCUAUGAUACUACUCUUUGUUGUUUUUGUUUUGCACUGAAUCGCAAAUAACUUAAGAUUUAUUUAAUGUAUUUAAUUAUUAUUUGAGUUUAGGAGAUAAAUGUUGUUGCAUUUGUAUUAAUCUCAGUUAACUUCUCAUUUUAAAUUCUUGAAGUUCACGGGAAAUGGUAUCUUGUGUUGUAAAUAAUUGCAAAAAUUGUUCUAGCAAAAUAACAAAAUCAAAAAAUGGAAUUUCAUUUCAUAGAUUUCCUCGUGAUAAUAUCAGGCGCAAACAAUGGGAGUUGGCAGUGAAUCGAGAAGCAGAAUGGUGUUCAACAUCAUACAGUGCUGUGUGUUCUGAACAUUUUGAAGCCAGUGAUUUUUAUCUCACAGAUAGUGGUCUACGCAAGCUGUCCCUUGAAGCUGUGCCUUCAAUCAAUAUAUCACCAUGUCAAGAACAGAAACCAACAAUAUGUGAUAUAGAACCAGUUUUAGCUAAUCCAUUGGAUUCUGAUGAAGUUACCAGUUUGAGGUAUAAAGUGAAGAGAUUGGAAGUGAUAGCUGAAAACAGAAAAAAGAGGUUAAUUGUAAUGUGGCAACAGAAAAAGAAACUCGAGAAGAAAUUGGAGCAAAUGAAACAAAUAAUUAAGCAUAUGAUUCAGAAUAAGCAGACGAAACGAACAGCUAGAUGAUCACGUCUUAGAUUGAGGUGUU